AUGGCUUCAAAUUUGAGUGAAUCGAUUGUAUUAUUACAAAAUCAAAUGAAUUUAGUUCGAGAUCAAUUCCAAAUCGUUGUUGAACAUUUCGAGGCCGAAAAACAGCAACAUGAUGCGGAUAAAGCAUCAUUUCUAAAAGAAAAAAAAGUGUUUGAUCGUGAACGUUCAAAAUAUGAAAAUGAAUUGCAACAGAUGAAAAAAUUUGAAGUCUGUGAUAAUGAUAUCAUAUAUUUGAAUGUGGGCGGCGAAAAAAUGUGUACAUUACGCUCAACACUAAUACAAACACCAAAUACCGUGUUGGCAAUGCAAUUCAGUGGGAAGUGGGAAGAAAAAAUUUUAAAAAAUAAAGAUGGACACGUAUUUUUAGAUUAUGAUCCACAAUUGUUUCGAUUGCUGUUAAAUCAAUUACGUGAAUGGAACGGUAAACAACUCGUGCAUGGAAAAGAUAAAAUUAUCUUUGAUAUGCCUCUUGGUUUAGAGGUUCAGUUCACAAAAUUGAUUCGACAAUUAGGUUUUGAACAAGAGCAAAUAACACUGGAAAAAUUUUCAAAAAUAUUUGGCGGUGUUAAAAUUGAAGACGAUGGAAAAUCAGUCAUACACGAUGGGAAUGGAUCAUCACAUUCAGAAAUACGUGGUGAAAAAUUAUAUUCGUAUGGUAUACAUCGUGUUCAAUUAAAAAUUGAAAAAAUGAGAAGUAAUUAUUGGAUAUUUAUCGGUAUUAUAUCAAGUACACAAACUCAAAUGCAGUUGGAUUCAUUUCAUUCGCCUACUGCUUAUGGUUGGGCAGCAUCGAAACUAUGCGUCUAUCUUAACGGUCAACGUCAUGAUGAUUCGUAUGAAUCGUACGAUGGUGAUUUAUGUGAACAAGAUACUGUUGAUUUAGUAAUUAACUGCGAUAAAGGUAAAAUUCAACUAUUAAAUCGUCGUACAUCAAAAUCAUACGAAAUACAAAUCGAUGCAAAUUAUUGUCCAAAACCGUGGCAAUUACAUUUAAAUUUGUAUUAUAUUGAUGAUAAAGUACGUUUGUUAUCGUAG